GAAAUAUCCUCGAAGACACGGCCUUGGUCUGAACUUCGUCUCAAGUCUCAUACCUGAGUGCUGUUUGAGGGACAGUAGUCCAUGUGACAGAUGGCUCAUCGAUGAUGUGGAAUUAGACGCAUAGACUUAACGUUAUUUGGGGAGGAUUGUCUUGCUUUCCUUCCCUGGUUUUAAUUUUUUUCACUUAUAUAUUUUGAUGAGCAACUUAUAGCUUGGAAAUUACAUGUUCAGUUAAUCCACUACUAAGGUAACAAUAUAUAGCUGUGACCAUAAUGUGAAGAAGUGUUAAAGACAAAAUUAUUCAAUGAUACUUGUUAAAGCACCGAACGAAGACUAUUGAGGACUGUCUCAAUUGGCAUAGGGACCACUGCAACCGGGUCUUGCAGUGGGGAAGAGGGACUGGGCUCAACUCCGAAUACAGCGUGGGCAAGAGGGAAUUUAUAGCCAACCAGCAGUACGGAGUUCAGUGGAUGGAAAAUUACUAAGAGGAAGCAUCAGAGGUGUAGCCCGCUCUAGAAAGGCCGCCUCGGGAGUACCACCCACUCCUGACGGGGCGGGGAGUUCUCUCCGACCCCACCCGUUCCAAGGACGCAGCCCUGUGAUUGGCCAUGACGCGUGCCAGAGCUGCCCAGUCGCGGAAGAGCCGCUGUUUUGGCGUCCGUUUGCUGCAGUAGGAACAUGGCGGAUCGGCUCACGCAGCUUCAGGACGCUGUGAAUUCGCUUGCAGAUCAGUUUUGUAAUGCCAUUGGAGUAUUGCAGCAAUGUGGUCCUCCUGCCUCUUUCAAUAAUAUUCAGACAGCAAUUAACAAAGACCAGCCAGCUAACCCUACAGAAGAGUAUGCCCAGCUUUUUGCAGCACUGAUUGCACGAACAGCAAAAGACAUUGAUGUUUUGAUAGAUUCCUUACCCAGUGAAGAAUCUACAGCUGCUUUACAGGCUGCUAGCUUGUAUAAGCUAGAAGAAGAAAACCAUGAAGCUGCUACAUGUCUGGAGGAUGUUGUUUAUCGAGGAGACAUGCUUCUGGAAAAGAUACAAAGCGCACUUGCUGAUAUUGCACAGUCACAGCUGAAGACAAGAAGUGGUACCCAUAGCCAGUCUCUUCCAGACUCAUAGCACCAGUGGAUACCAUGUGGCUGAGAAAAGAACUGUUUGAGUGCCAUUAAGAAUUCUGCAUCAGACUUACAUACAAGGCUUACCAACAAUUACAGAAACAUUAAACACUAUGACACAUUACCUUUUUAGCUGUUUUUAAUAGUCUUCUAUUUUCACUCUUGAUAAAUAAGCUUAUAAAAUCAUGAUUGAACCAGCUUUAAAGCAUCAUACCAUCAUUUUUUAACUGAGUGAAAUUAUUAAGGCAUGUAAUACAUUAAUGAACAUAAUAUAAGGAAACAUAUGUAAAAUUCUGUUAUGACAUAAUUUAUGUCUCCAUUUUGUUGUAUUGGCCAGUACUUUUACAAAUCAAAACAUCUCUCAAGCCAAAGGAGAAGACAGUAAGAACAGACAUAAGGGACAUUUUAGUUUAGGCUAGUGUCCUGCCUCUUAGAGGUGGCAUUGUGUAAAUCUGAGCUUUGAGCAAGAAAGUUUUGGAAAUUGUGUUGCUUUUAAGAAAUAGUGUGGCUGGAUAAGAAAGUCACAUUUAUGCAAAUGUUUCUUCUGCUAGAACCUCAUACCUGUUCUAGUUCAUCUCCACGUUUAUUUUACCAAGAGAUCCUCUGUCAAGAGAAUUUCCUGGCUGUUGUGAAAUAAUUUUUCUACAUCCUGAACUAUUUUUCCUAUUUCUUUUCACCUUGCUUUUUUUCAUCCUUAAUUUGCUUGUCAUCACAAUGAAGUAUGUUUUUUGAAUCAUCAAUUCUUUCUCAUUCUCCAUUUAUCUGAAGGUUCUUUUGCCCUUAUUAACCUCUCAACUUUUAUUGCUGUAUUCUAGUCAGACCAGAACAUACUUCCACUACAUCAGUUACUUGGCAUCAUUUCACCUCAGUUUAUUAUUGCCAAAUAAUAAUUUGUGUCAGCAUUUUCAACUAUGGUUACUCAUCCAACCCUUGGAUCUCUUUGAGUCUACUGAUUAUCUCCACUGGAAAGGUGGAAUUGAAAUGUGGUCCACAUUUUAACUAGCUAUUUCCUGGGGCUGUAUUUUUCAGAAUAUCCUGAGCUACAUUUGCUGCAAUCUGUUGCUAUUCAGAGUUUAAGUUUCAGGAGGAAACAGGAACAAUAGAACACUCUGCCUGUUAUUUUUGUUGUAAUCAAGCUUUUCCACAGUUCUUGAAAAGUACUAUGUUUCAAAUUUUGGGAACACCAGCGUUAGCUGUAAAAGUUGCAGCAAUUUAUUGGCUAGUCAUAGAAAAUUUUUGAACUUUUAACUGUAUUUUAAUUGAUGUUUAUUAAAAACUCUUUGCUAUCAGA